AUGCCACGUAAGCUACGUAAGAAUAUACGUAAGAGGAAGGGAGCAUUGAAACAUCCAAUAGUAAAACUGACACCACAACAACAGUUGCAACAACAAAUGAUGAAUGACCCCACUAUGUUGCAACAAAUGUCAAGCAACCCUAUGCUUUUAAACCGAGUUAUUGGUGCACAGAGUGGAGGUUUAAGAGCGGCACUUUUAGCGAAAAUGGCAGGCUAUGGUGGAGCUGCAGACGGAACAGCUUAUAACCCUCAAAGUCAAAUGAAUUUGAGUUCACUCAAAAAUCAAAUAACAGAUGUCAAAAAGUCAAACAUAGACAUACAGAA